CUAAUUCCUCAAUUUUCCCCCAAUUACCCAUUCCAUUCGCUGGCCCUCUCUCGCCAUCUCUCGCCCUCUCCAGGAAAUGAAGCUAAUUCGUGCUGCGCUAUGGUCCGCAAACGCCGCUUUGUCCCGUCAAUCGCGAAACCCUAAUGGGAUUCGGCCAUUUUCUGUUGGCAUUUUCUCAGGUAUUAAGGACAGGCUGAACUCAAAUACAUCUGAAUCUGUUGAUGACUUUGAACAACGCAUUUUUGGCAAUGGAAACCUUAAUAGUAGCUCGAAUGCAUUCUACAAAAAGCUCGACAAGGCCGAGAAGGCGCACGAUCGAUCUGGGUUCGGUAACUCGUUCAAUUCGGGUAACAGGCCGAGUUUCAUGGAUGUCCUGGAUGAUGAUCAUAAUUCGUUAAUUGAUGGGAUGGAUGAUAAACUAAAGAAAGCCGCUUCUUACUUUGAGUUUGACCCUGAUGAAGUAACUAGAGAGGAUUACGCUUUCAGGCCAGAUGUGAAUUUUUUGAGUGGGAUGACUUAUGAUACCAAGGAUCUUGACGUGCGAAAGCCAGGCGUACGUAAGCCUCCCAAAAGGGCCGAGUUUGAAACAACAACGGAGGAAGUGCUGCUCAAAGCUGAUUUCAGGAAUGUGCAAUUCCUCGCGAACUUCAUUACUGAGGCUGGUGUCAUCAUCAAGAGGAGCAAGACUGGAAUAAGUGCUAAGGCACAGAGAAAAGUUGCUCGUGAGAUCAAAACUGCCCGGGCUUUUGGUUUGAUGCCUUUCACGACUAUGGGAACCAAACAAUUCAAGUAUGGGACGACUAUGGAGGAUGAGGAUCGUGAUUUCGAAUAUGAGUCCUAUGAGUAUAACUUUGUUAAUGAGGAUAGAGGUGAUGAUGUAGAUGCCUGAAUCUUUGGUCCGUUCGGUUUUUGUUGGGUUUAUGUUCGGAUAAUACGUGUCAAUGUUUAUCUUUGGCCCGUUUGGUUCUUGUAUGCCAAAUCCAAUGCCCUCUCUUGUAGUAGUGUACUCUCAGGUUUUCUGAAGGUGAGAUUUUACAGACAACAAAAUGAUGCUCCCUUGAAUUAUGAUGAUUAUGUGAACUGAGCAGUGAAUAUUUCGUGUCCAUUUACAUAAUAUUAGACACUGGAGUUCAGUUGAAUCAGUCUUCAAGUGGUUAUUAUUUUAUAAUUCCAGUCAGGAUUUAUGCUGCAUACUAGCCUUUGUUGGGGUUCAUCUCUACAUGCAAAUGAAACUUAACUGGAGAUAUUUUUGUAAGAAAGGG